AGUCCAUUUAGAGUAUCUCCUGAAACUUUAAUCGUAUACCUUUGUAUAAUCGUAAUAAAAAUGGGUUUUGAAUGGUCAAAAAGACCAUACACCGCUCCCUUUUAUAGGGACAUGAUAUACAAUCAGGAUAAACAUUCAAAAGGUGAUGACCACGAUCAUAAAGAUCAUAGUACUUCUGGUAAAAGAAAAUUUUUUGUGAAACAUACACCAUUUGCCGCAAAAUUAUCGCAUUUACCCUUGUCUGAAGCGACAUCCCCUCAGUUCGCCAACAACGGCGGCUGUAGCAAUACUUUAAGCAUAAAGUCACUGGUACCAACAACUGUCUUUGGAGAUCAAUGUGCAAAUGAAAUGAGAGGGACAGAUAUCUUCUUCUUGCCAAAACCUACUCAGCUGCUGGCAUUCGCUCUACCUGUCUUCGUCUUGAUGCCGAAUUUGACAGUAUUUACUAGGAAUUGGUUUUUCUAUGCUCCAAAGUAAGGAUUUAUAAGGGGAUUCUGCUAGGAUGAGUUUCUCAUUUUAUUCUAAUAACUACCCAAUAUGGUUUUGUGUAACGUUAAAAACAGCCUUUAUGGGUAACAACUAAUAA